AUGAAACUAAACGUACUUGGUUUGAUGGCUCUUGCAGCCUUUGCUGCUCCUUCUCUAACCGAAGCCAAGAAAAACAAUGGCAAUGGGAAAAAUAGUGGUGGCGGAAGCACAACCACAACCACAACCACAAGCGGUACUGGCGGUGGAAACAACAUUGGUCUAUGCGCCGAUCAAUCAGUCUGCCUUAGCUUUACCACACCUGUGGCUGAAACCGGCGGUUGUUCGCUCAGUGGAACUUGCGGUGUCAAGGUCUGCAUGGUCUUGGACACUACCCAGAGUGGAUGUGCUAAAGAUGGUCCAAUCAGUCACUUGUGUGCCGCAAGUGAAGGUGGAUGUGCUGCCUAUGCCAGCGAUGGAAGCCCUCUAACCGGAAAGGGAAGUUCCAGUGAUUGUUCCAGUGAUAUCUUCAGUGGAAAGUGCGAGCCUUCUAGUUCUCAAACCAAGAUUACCAUGUGUCAAAUUGGUGAGCCAGGAGAAACUCUUUACUGGGCCCUCAAGGAUUCCUCAACAACCGAUACCGGACCGUAUGACUACACUGGUACUUACACCUUUGACAACGAUGGCACCACGUGCUCGCCAACCAUCUCCUGUGAAGGUGGACAAUUGGAGAAUAUCCAGUGUGCGGAUCCCAACAAUGGCAUGUACGACUCUACCCGUGUUUGGAAGUACGAGAUCCCUAGCGCUGGCUCUUGCAGCGUCUGCACUGCUGAGCCCGAUCCUACUCCCUUUCCCACCUCUGGACCUACCUCUCCACCUACUCCAGUCCCCACUUCGGGACCUACUCCAGUCCCCACCUCUGGACCUACCCCCACUCCCACUCCAGUUCCCACUUCGGGACCUACCUAUUCACCAACCUCCACUCCUACUGGGUCACCCGUUGCUCCUCCACCCACCCCCGAAAUCCAACCAACUCCAACGGCACCCACUCCUGGUACCACCACGGACAAUGCUGGAUCCAAUGGAGAUCCCCAUUUCAAGACCUGGGUCGGAGAACACUUUGAAUAUCACGGACAGUGUGAUUUGGUGCUCGCCAAGGAUGCCAAUUUUGCCGACGGUCUCGGUUUGGACGUCCAAAUCCGUACCAAGUUGGUCCGAUUCUGGUCGUACAUCAAGUCCGCUGCCAUUCGCAUCGGCAACGAUGUCUUUGAGAUUGAAGGAUCGGCCAAUGGCGUCGAAGACGUUCGUUAUUGGAUCAAUAUGGAAUUCCAAGGUAAAGUGGACACUGUCGGUGGCUUUCCCCUCAAAAUCCUCCCGGCCAACAAGGGCAGCAAGCGAUUCAUUCAAAUCGACUUGAGUUCCAAAUACCCAGGUGCCAUGAUUGAAAUGCAACUCUGGAAGGAAUUCGUCAAGGUUGACUUUAUCAAUCCAACCGCCGAAGCCUUUGGCAAUACCGUGGGCAUGUUGGGAGAAUUCAAGACGGGCAAGACUUUGGCCCGCGAUGGAGCCACUGUCGUGGAUGACUUUCACGCCCUUGGAAACGAAUGGCAAGUGGUCCCCACCGAAUUGAUGCUGUUCCAUCAAACGGAACAUCCACAAUUCCCCAGCAAGUGCAUUGAACCCGAAGAUCCUCGUGGGGAUCGUCGCCGCCGUCUGGAAGAGUCCUCCGUCAAUGUGGAAGAUGCCGAAAAGGCAUGUUCCGCCUUGACCGACGAACUUGACCGCAAGGAUUGCGUUUACGAUAUCAUUGCCACCCAAGACAUGGAUAUGGCUGGUGCCUACUAA